AUGACGCUCUAUUACACUCUGGUAUUUGUGCUGCUCAUGGCAGAGAUGGGGCUCUUCAUGCUGCUUAUUGUUCCUCUGCCCUUUAGCAUUCGCCGGAGAAUGUUUACCUUCAUCUCGGAAAACCCGCUCGUCGCCAAGGUCCAGUAUGCGAUGAAGAUCACCUUCAUCUUCAUCUUGAUCCUAUUCAUCGACAGUGUCAACCGAGUCUACCGCGUACAGCUCGAGCUGGUCGCCGCUUCCGAAAACAACAAGAAUGCACCCACCAUCAUGGGCCAUGAGCGCCUUGAGGUCCAGGCCCGCAAGUUCUACAGCCAACGGAACAUGUACCUCUGCGGCUUCACGCUCUUCCUCUCCCUCAUCCUGAACCGCACGUACACGAUGAUUUUGGACGUCCUUCGCCUCGAGGAGAAGGUCAAGCAGUACGAGGGCACGGACAAGUCCCACUCUGCCGGUAAGCAGUCGGCCAAGCUUGCCGAGGCUGGUGACGCUGGGGAGAUCGCUCGUCUCAAGAAGGAGCUCGAGCGCAAGGAGAAGAACAUCCAGGCGCUCAAGACCCAGAGUGAGGGCCUGCACCGCGAGUACGACUCCCUUGGAGAGAAGUUUACCGUCCAGGACGGCAGCAACAAGAAGGAGAGGUAG